AUGCAGCUCUAUAACAACCCUUGCUGCACACACUCUCUCUUCAGAUUCAUACCCUCCAAAUUGUUACGCUUUUCUAAUCAUUUCAACACCCACUCUUUCUCCAAACCUCUCAUUUCCGCCGCUAUGUCCACCGUUUCCACGGAGACUCAGCCUUUGCAGGUUGCAAAGCGGUUGGAGAAGUUCAAAACGACAAUUUUCACCCAAAUGAGUAUGCUUGCCAUCAAACAUGGAGCCAUAAACCUUGGUCAGGGUUUUCCCAAUUUCGAUGGUCCGGAUUUUGUAAAGGAAGCAGCAAUUCAGGCAAUCAGAGAUGGGAAUAAUCAGUAUGCAAGGGGUUAUGGAGUUCCAGACCUCAACAGUGCCAUUGCUGAGAGGUUCAAGAAAGAUACUGGACUAGUGGCGGACCCUGAAAAGGAAAUUACUGUUACGUCUGGGUGCACAGAAGCAAUUGCUGCGACUAUUUUAGGAUUGAUAAAUUCCGGUGAUGAGGUUAUUGUGUUUGCUCCUUUUUAUGAUUCUUAUGAAGCCACUUUAUCCAUGGCUGGUGCAAAAGUAAAAGGCAUUACUUUGCGCCCUCCAGAUUUUGCUCUCCCGAUUGAAGAGUUGAAGUCCACCAUCUCAAAGAAUACUCGUGCCAUUCUUUUAAAUACCCCUCACAAUCCUACCGGAAAGAUGUUCACUCGAGAGGAGCUCAAUACCAUUGCAUCUCUUUGCAUUGAGAAUGAUGUUUUGGUGUUCAGUGAUGAAGUUUAUGAUAAGUUGGCAUUUGAUUUGGAACACAUUUCUAUUGCUUCUUUGCCCGGAAUGUUUGAGCGGACGGUGACAAUGAACUCUUUAGGGAAGACAUUCUCCUUGACUGGAUGGAAAAUCGGUUGGGCCAUAGCACCUCCUCACUUAACAUGGGGAGUGCGACAGGCACAUGCUUACCUCACUUUUGCAACCUCAAAUCCAAUGCAGCGGGCUGCUGCAGUAGCUCUAAGAGCACCGGAUUCUUAUUACACUGAACUGAAGAGGGAUUAUAUGGAAAAGAGAGCUAUUUUGGUUGAAGGGUUGAAGGCUGUUGGCUUCGAGGUAUUCCCGUCAAAUGGAACAUACUUUGUGGUUGUAGAUCACACCCCUUUUGGACAUGAAAACGAUGUUGCAUUUUGCGAGUAUCUUGUUAAGGAGGUGGGAGUGGUGGCAAUUCCUACAAGUGUGUUUUACUUGAAUCCAGAAGAGGGAAAGAAUCUAGUCCGGUUUACUUUCUGUAAGGAUGAAGGAACUCUUAGGGCUGCUGUAGAGAAGAUGAAGGAGAAGCUUAGAAAAUGA